AUAAAAACAUGUCUAGUAAUCAAACUGUACCAGGUGUAUCCAUUUUGGCUUCCUAUAGCCCAGAACAAGCGGAAAUCUUAUCCACAGAGGCUUUAAAAUUCAUUGCUACGUUACAACGUAGUUUUAAUGCAACCCGUAAAAACUUACUUACAAAGCGUAAUGACCGUCAAAAAGAAAUUGAUCGUGGUGUGUUACCUGAUUUCUUGCCCGAAACUGCCCAUAUCCGUAAUGAUCCCAAUUGGCGUGCUGCUAAACCUGCUCCCGGCCUUCAAGACCGUCGGGUUGAAAUCACUGGUCCCGUCGACCGUAAAAUGGUCAUUAAUGCUUUGAAUUCAGAUGCAUUGACCUAUAUGGCUGAUUUUGAAGAUUCAACUGCCCCUACUUGGGACAACCUUUUGAAUGGUCAGAUCAAUCUUCGUGAUGCUAUUAAUGGUACCAUCUCAUUUACUAAUCCUGCUGGCAAAAAAUACGAGUUAAAGGGUCGUACGGCUACAUUGAUUGUCAGACCUAGAGGCUGGCAUAUGGUUGAAAAACAUGUGUUGGUAGAUGGUGAACCAAUGUCUGCAUCUAUUUUUGAUUUUGGCUUGUUCUUUUUCCAUAAUGCUAAAAACCAAAUUAAGAACGGUUUGGGACCUUACUUUUAUUUACCAAAGAUGGAGUCCCAUUUAGAAGCAAGAUUAUGGAACGAUGUUUUCAAUGCAUCUCAAGACAUGCUUACUAUUCCCCGUGGUACUAUUCGUGGCACUGUCUUGAUUGAAACAAUCUUGGCUGCUUUUGAAAUGGACGAAAUUAUUUACGAGCUUCGAGAUCAUUCAUCUGGUUUAAACUGUGGUCGAUGGGAUUAUAUUUUUAGUUUCAUCAAGAAGUUCCGUCAAUACCCUCAAUAUGUGUUACCUGACCGUUCCGAUGUAUCCAUGACUGUUCCCUUUAUGAGCGCCUAUGUCAAUUUGUUGAUUCAGACCUGUCAUAAACGCGGUGUGCAUGCUAUGGGUGGCAUGGCUGCACAAAUCCCAAUCAAGAAUGACCCUGAAGCCAAUCAAGUGGCAAUGAAGAAAGUCAAGGCGGACAAAUUACGUGAGGUGACAGCUGGUCAUGACGGUACUUGGGUGGCUCAUCCCGAUUUGGUAAAGAUCGCACUUGAAAUCUUUAAUGAGCAUAUGCCUCAACCAAAUCAAUUGUUUGUACGCCGUGAAGAUGUGUCUGUUCAUCAAAGUGAUCUUUUAAACGUCAACUUCAAGGGCAAGAUUACAGAGCAUGGUAUUCGAGAUAAUAUUCAAAUUGGUUUGGCGUAUAUGGAGUCUUGGUUAAGAGGUGUUGGCUGUGUCCCGAUUCACCAUUUGAUGGAAGAUGCAGCAACCUAUGAAAUCAGUCGUUCACAGCUUUGGCAAUGGGCACAUCAUCAAUCCGUUACAGCUGAAGGUAUUAAAGUCACAGGAGACUACUGCUUAAAGGUGCUUGACGAAGAAAUUGAAAAGCUCAGACAGGAACUGGGAUCAAAAUAUAAAGAAUCUAAAUAUGACGAAGCUAAAAAAGCGUUUGCUACCAAUAUUACAGGUGAAAGAUACGAUGACUUUGUAACUACUAUGCUUUACGAUGAUAUUUUGUCGAUUGGUUCUAAACCUAGAUUGUAAUCACAUCCCCCUGCUUUCGUUGCAUACAACAUAUAAUAAAUAAACAAAACAGGAGAACUCUGAGUGCCAAAUAAAACUUUUUUUUAAAAGAGCGUAUGUCUAAAAAAGAUCGACAGAAAUAUAUAAAUAUAUACCUC